CUCCAAUCCACCAGAAAAGGCGUUCCAUUUGUGCAAUUGCCUGAGAUCCUUUUCUCCCAGUGGAAUCCAUUGUUGAGUUCUACUCCAAACACCCUUUCCUCCCACCAGAAUGGCGCAGUGCGCCUUGAGGCUUUUCCGCGGCCAGGGUCCCAGUACUCUGCGUCCGUCCAUCAGUGGCUUCAUACAGAAGCGCACUCGUGCUACAAUCCCGACCUUCACCCAGACCUCCUCCCCCGAACUGGACCAGGAACUUCACCGAUUCCGCGAAGAACUCUUCAUACCGUAUGGCCUGCCCCAGGGCCCGCGGCGGAUGAUGUUCCGCCAAAAGUACGCCGACCGCCUCGACGAAGAGCAGAUCACGGUGCCCCUCGAAGGCGAAGAGGAGGACUUCACCCUGCGACCCAUGGACCCGCAAACGAGACCGUCGAACCAAGAAGCCGUCGCCGUGCUCCGGAUGAUGCAGACGAAGCAAGACUGGCGAAACCUGGCCCCCUUCCUACGAGGCCUCAAGAUCGCAGGCCGGAAAUUGAGCCCCGAGCGCCAGGAGUGGCUGGCGCGGAGAGCGGGCAACGCCGACGCCCUCGGCAUCGUCCUCGACUGUGCCCGACAGGCUGAGAAAACCGGCCUCUACCUCAACAACCCGCCUCUCGUGGAGCAGAUCUUCCUCGCGCUGCACAAGAAGGCCCUGGCGGCGGAGUUCAAGGGACCCGAGCUGGCGAAGGCCGCCGAGCUGGCAACGCAGUUCGUGUCGCUGAUGGACAGCCCGGAACACCACCAGGCUAGCCCUCACCUGGACCCCAGGAAGAGGCCGCUCGUUAGCGCCGUGCUCCUCGAGUUGAACGCCGCCCGCGCGGUGGAGGAACACAACCGCCACGACCAUGACGGCCUGGUCCGUCUCUACGCAGAGCGCCUCUUCGGCACGUGGGCGUACGCUCAGUUGAGCAAGCCCGAGUACAAGAACUGGCCCGAGAUCGACAGACUGCUGCAGCGCAACGUGGCUAUCUACAACGCGAUGAACCUCGCCCAGCAGGUGCAGGAAGUCGGGCGCACCAAGGACGUGGGCCGCCUCUUGAAGACGCGCUCGAACGACGUCAAAAUGAUCAUCCAGAAGCAGAGGAGCCUUGCUCCGGCGGAGAUUGAGCAAAAACCCACCCUGGGUUACGUACAGAGCCAAAACAUCGUCUGAAGAAAAUGUGGGGGGGGGGUUUUAGAUAGGAUGAUUUUUUUGGCGUUUGUGCCUUGCUUAUGAAUUGUACAUUACCAUCAAUACUGCUCGGAGCUGUAUCUUUAGUUGAGAAUG